GCCACAGAUGAUGACCACAGUCGAUGCCUGGUCAACCGUACCCAGCUUACCAUCAACAGUCGCCCAAUUUCGCAGGAAGAUAAUGUCGAGCCAGAAUCAGGAGUUCACUGAAGGGCCACAGGUGUAUCGCCCUGGUGGCUUCCACCCAGUUUAUCUGGGAGAGGUGUACAAUGGGAAAUAUGAAGUACUGAGAAAACUUGGCUCAGGGAGAUAUUCAACUGUGUGGCUCGUCCAAAAUAGAGAAGAGUGCAACUUCAGGGCAUUAAAGAUUUUGAGUGCAGAGUGUUAUGGAGGGCUAAAGGAUACCUAUGAGCGCGAGAUACUUGAGCACCUGCGAGAUGCAGAUCCUUCACACCCGGGCUAUGCUUACAUCUCAACAUUGGUUGAUUCGUUCGAACAUCAAGGCCCCAAUGGGCGCCAUGUGUGCCUUGUUUUUCGAGUUAUGGGGGAGACGCUCCGGAGCUUUGGGACCUGGUUUGAGCACCAUAUGAUUCCCAACGAGAUCAUGCGGCGUUUCACAAUUCAGCUCCUCCUAGCGUUGGACUAUGCUCAUGAUCACAAUGUCAUCCACACCGACAUCAAACCCGAUAACAUCUUCGUCCAGAUCCAGGAUGAAUCGCUAAUUUCAAAACUAUAUCUACCAAACAACCCUGCUGAUCCUGCAGGCUUUGACACAUCAACAAAUCCCUCAUCCAUUCAAUGUCAACCUCUUAAAUGGGAUUACUUCCAGAACGGAGCAAAUCUGCUGGAGUUUGAUAUUGCAUUGGGUGACUGGGGUGUUGCUAGCUGGACCCAUUCUCAUCUUACUGAGCUAAUCCAGCCUGUAGCUCUUCGAGCUCCAGAAGUACUAAUUAAGGCACCCUGGGGCCCAUCCACUGAUCUUUGGAAUUUAGGGGCUGUUAUCCUAGAAGUGUUCCGCGCUGUGCGCAUGUUUAGUGGUAGAGUUCCACCAGAUGGCCACUAUGAGGUUCGGUCCCAUCUUCAUGAGAUUGUGGAUUUGUUUGGACCAUUCCCCAAGUCACUUCUGCAAAAAGGUGACCAGGAGCUUGUCCAAGAAUACUUUGAUAGUGCGGGAAAGGUUAAACAUCUUCCUCCGCUCGACCGCCCCGGGCUAGAAUCAGAGGCAUUUUUGGGGAAGUUGGACAGGAAAAAUAAAAGGCAGUUUGUUAUAUUCUUACGAUCUCUCAUGAAAGUUGAUCCGGAAGAGCGGAAGACGACGAUGGAAUUACUUGCUGAGCCAUGGCUCGAUGCAGUGCGUGCGUAGUAACUUGGAAUUUCACACCUUUCUCGAUGGGCUCAUGAUGCGGAGAAGAGAAAGCAUAUUAUCCCUCGUGUCAUGAGAUUGAAUCCUUCUGUACUACAUACUCUGGUUCUUUUACAUUCAAACACGACAUUGGAAACAACCAAAGGUGCGUGAACAAGACAGCAAGGAAUCAUCCUGAUGGUAUAGUGAUGCUCAAUUCUAAAUUUAAUGUACAGAAUUUUUUUAUUUCAAA